AUGGAUGAAGCUUACUCUGUGAAUGGGGCAUCAUUGUCAUCGGCUAGGAGGCUACUCAUUGAAAGCUUUGCAGUUGGUCUGCAAAUGGGGCUCCGUCGUUUUCGUUUGACGAAAAUUCAAUCAUUGCUCUCCUACAAUCACCGCCCGAACGUCGUAAACUCAUCUACUGUUGGAACUUCAUACAUGGCUUACACGAUGGGAACGGCAAGCAAUGCUGCGCAGUAUACAUCGGACCAAAUCGAAUAA